AGCCAGUCACCAUCCAAGCACACAGAGAGGACCAGGCUUUGACCAGUGCUCAGUUCAAGAACCACAAUUGAGCGGGGCGACAGAAAGCACGUGGGGUGCACGGGUGCCCUCAGAUAACUUUAUGCUGCUCCCCAAAUGGGACACAAAGUGGUCGUGUUUGACAUUUCUGUCAUCAGAUCCUUGUGGGAAACUCGUGUCAAGAAACACAAAGCAUGGCAGAAGAAGGAAGCCGAAAGGCUGGAGAAGAGCGCCCUGGAGAAGAUAAAGGAGGAAUGGAACUUCGUGGCCGAGUGCAGAAGGAAGGGCGUGCCCCAGGCCCAGUACUGCAAGAACGGCUUCAUAGACACCAACACAAGGCUCCUGGAAAAGAUAGAGAGGAACUCAGUUGCUAGGCAGAGUGCGUGGGUCAAGGACAGAGACAAACGGAGCGAUCCGUUUGUGUUUGAACUUUCAGGGACACAGUGGACGGAGCUCCCGGAUUCGCUGAAGGAGCAGACGCACCUCAAAGAAUGGCAUAUCCACAGCACCCUGAUUCAGAUCAUUCCCACUUACAUCGAGCUGUUUCAAGCCAUGAGAAUUCUGGACUUGCCAAAAAACCAAAUCACGUGUCUUCCAGUUGAAAUUGGUCGCUUGAAGAACCUGAGAGAACUCAAUGUGAGUUUCAAUCACCUGAAGAACGUUCCCCCGGAGCUGGGAGACUGUGAGAAUCUAGAGAAAUUGGACUGCUCUGGGAAUCUGGACCUGGAAGAGCUCCCCUUUGAACUGAGUAAUCUGAAGCAAGUGACGUUUUUAGAUAUCUCAGCAAACAAGUUCUCCAGUGUCCCGAUCUGUGUCCUGCGGAUGUGCCGCCUGCAGUGGUUGGAUAUCAGCAACAAUAAUCUGAGUGACCUGCCGCAAGAUAUAGACAGGCUGGAAGAGCUGCAGAGCUUCCUCUUGUAUAAAAACAAGCUGACCUACCUUCCUCAGGCCAUGCUCAACCUCAGAAAGCUCACCUUGCUGGUUGUCAGUGGGGAUCACCUGGUGGAGCUACCGACUGCCCUCUGUGACGCUUCCACACCUUUGAAAUUUGUAAGCCUUAUGGACAAUCCUAUUGAUAAGAGCCAAUGUCAAGACAGCGAUGAAAUACUAGAAAGUGAACAGGACCGCCAGCAUUUUGAUAAAGAGUUUAUGAAAGCAUAUAUUGAAGAUCUUAAAGAACGAGAAGCCGUUCCCAGUUACACCACCAAAGUGUCAUUUAGCCUUCAGCUUUGAUCUGAUCCACCUGAAGACCACAAAAUCUUACCGCUCUGUGCUCUCCGUCUUUGUCUACGCGUUACAUCUUACAGGAAUUGUGGCUUGUGCUGAAGGACAAAGCUAGAAACUACCACCAUCACUGUUAAGAAAAAUAAUUUUCAAAUUUCAAAUGAGGAAGACUGGUAAAUUUGCAUAAUGUUAAUAUUAAUAGACGGAUUUGCAUAUCCUUUUCUAUAUAAUGCACAUUUAAUACUUUAGGAAAUAUAUUUUUUAAAUAUAGAGCAGCUAGGCAGUGAUGGCAAUGGCCUUUAAGCUCAGCACUCUGGAGGCUGAGGCAAACAGAUCUCUGAGUUUGAGGCCAGCCUGGUCUACAGAGUGAGUUCCAGGACAGCCAAGGCUGUUACACAGAGAAACCCUGUCUCGAACAAAACAAAACAAAAACAAACAAACAAAAAUACAGCUUAAAGAACAAGUUUUGAAACUGGAUGCAUUGUUUUCAGGAAUCCAGGGCUGGAGGGUUGUAAACAAAAGGAUCACCGCCGUGAAAGUGUUUCGGUGUACUAUCCACUUGUAUUGAGAGUAACGCUCCUGGAGUUUAAACAAGUGCUACUUCCACAUUUUAAACUCACUUCGGCAAGUACAUUUUAAAUGAUAUUUUAUUUAUGUAUACAUAAUACAUAGUAAUAAAUUGUAUUGUAUUUAUGUAUUUAAUUGUAUUUAACUCUCAGGAGAGACUGAAGGUAUAAUUUGGGUCUCGAGGGUGGAAAGAAGGGCUGGCAUAUGUACUUCAUUGGACCCUAGGUGCUCAGGUGGUGUGGGCCUGGGAAGGUCCAAAUGUUGUGCUUGGGGAGCCCUCCUACCCUGACAGUUCCCCUGGUGGACCUGGGACAUGAGAGCAGAGCAGAGCAGUGCCCUCAGUGCUCAUUCCUGGAGGGGUCCACACUGAUGACCCCCUAGAAAGGCUUGCAUGUGGGAACCGCGGGAGGGCUCUGCCUGCCGGAGUGCAGCUGUGGGCCAGGCAGGGGAUGUUAGUUUGUGUUGGCCAAGGGCUGGGCUCUCUGUUUUUGCACUACUUGUACCACGGGAAGAGCCGUAUAAAGCUCCUGUUUUUCUACCAAUGUCGAGUAGGACGGACAGGAAGUGGCUGGUCAUCUUGAAGACAGGAGGGAAAACGCACACGCAUCUCUGUGUGUAUGAGUGGACUCACCCAUGUAGUUCCCGCCCCCGCCAUGUGGGGGCAGGGCAGCCGCUACAGCCUUUGCAGCGGGGAAGCAUUCUGAAGCUGUGUUGUUAGAUGCCGUACCGUCCAGGCAUGGAACAUGUGGAGUCUGAUGACCCUCAAAAACUAAAUUUUAAAUGUAAUUUACUUAAAUAGUCACUUGUGGCUGUCAUACCAUACAACGAGGCCCAGCCUGCUUGAUUGGGACGGAGGACGUUAUCUGUGAUUUUAAAAAUGGGAGGGGUGGUUUUUACUUUUUCUUACCUGAAGAACUGAUUUGCUCUUAGAUUUAUAUAAUUUUAAAAGGUUACCAAAAACACACAAUUAAUUAAAACAAAACAAAAACCCCUAAAACAUAGGGGUUGCUAGGGCUGGGAGCUGACUCAGCAGGUAAAGCUAUAGCUACUCAAAUCUAAGGACCAGAGAAACCCAUGGAAAUCUUAAGUGGGCGUGGUGACCCAGCUGUAAUUCCAAUCUUGGGAAGGAGAAACAGGAUGUGUUCAGAGCAAUUGGCUAGCUAGCCAAACCCACUGGAAGCUCUUGUUUUGAAUAGGAGACCCUGGCUCAGUAAACAAAAUGGAAAGAUGAUAGAAGAUGAUUCAGACUCAGACCUCUCUGUGUGUGUGCGUGUGCGCGCGGGUCCGUGUGCCCUACACACUUGCGAAGCUAUGUAAUGCAUGCAUACAUACACUCACAGAAAAGGGAAAGGAGAUUAAAAUUGGCACCUUGGUAUUUUGCCUGUGCCAGUAUUUGAUUUAAGUCCAAACAUUUUAACCCUUAAUAGAUGUGAGACAGGUGGCCUCCUCCAGGCCAGGGAGAUGUCUCAGGAGAGCGUGACCGCAACAAAACGCAGCAGUGAGAAGUAGGUUAAAAGACAAAGAGGCAGAAGAUGAGGGCUCUCUUUAGACUUCAGGGCUUUCAAAUUGAUGAGUAGCCCUACUUGGAUGGCUUCAGAAUUUAUUUCUUACUCAAGUACAUAUAUCAAUAUGUGAAAAUUAUAUGUGAAAAGGCAGAAGUGUAGAAUUUUACACAAAUAGACUGUUCAUAAUUUAUGUAAGAUUUAUUUCAAUAAAAACCAGA